AUGCUUGGUGGGCCGAUUCCAGAUCAAAUAGGGGACUGUUGGAAGCUGCAAAGUUUAUCUUUAAGCAAGAAUUACUUGAAUGGGAUGAUUCCCUACCAAAUUGGUAAUCUUCGAGCCUUGCAAGAUCUUGAUUUGAGUUUCAAUUCACUGAUGGGAGGAAUACCGCCCCAGCUUGGCAGCCUUUCAGAUUUGGAAUACUUGAACCGCUCCAAUAAUAAUCUCAAUGAUUCAGUCCCCGCUUCACUAGGCAUCAACUUGUCAAACAACAAUUUGGAGGGUCCUCUUCCUGAGGGCAAAAUCUUUCAAUCAGCUACGCUGGGGGAUUUCAGUAACAACAAAGAUCUAUGUGGCAAAAUCCAAGAAAAGCACUCAAGAAAUACGCUGAAAGAUGAAAGCACAGCAAAGAGUGAAAAUCCAUUCUUGAUAUGGUACUUUGAUGAAAAGACCAUGUUUGAAGACAUCGUGGAAGCCUUAGAAAACUUUGAUGACAACAACAAUAUUAUGUUGAGCUCAGACCUUGAAGCCUAUGUCUCUGAUUUUGGCAUUGCAAAGAUCUUGAAGCUUGAUCUGUCUAAUUGGACAACAAUUGCAGGCACUUAUGGCUAUCUUGCCCCAGAGUUUACUUACACAAUGGUAGUGAUUGAAAAAUGUGACGUUUAUAGCUUUGGUGUUUUGGUGCUUGAAGUUCUUAUGGGAAAGUAUCCAGGCAAACUCAUUACUAAUCUACAUUCGUCAACUGGUACAAGCAUCCCCCUCAAAGAUGUGUUAGAUGAUCGUCUCUCGCCUCCCACAAGUCAAAAGAUUGCUGAUGAAUUAGCUUUAAUGCAGAACUUAUCACUUUCAUGUUUAAGUACCAAUCCUCAAUUUCACCCAACCAUGAGUAGUGUGUGUGUAGGCAGUUGUAGAUGCAGGCUGCUAAUAACUGAAAAUCAUCUCAGUGUCUCUUCGACUAUUGCCCUAUGUGUGCAUCUAUUCUUUGUUAUGCAUGUAUGUAAAACCAAUAAAAAUAUGUGA